GGGUUCUUGUGAUUCUGCACACAGAAGGGAGAACUGGGUGAUCUGGGUCGGAGACAAACUGUGUUUGUACAUUGCAUUCGGAUUGCAUUUGUGGCUGCUGUGUUCUGAGUGCCCACCUUGUUUAUAAAUGUCACUGCCAGUACCAGCAGGGCUACACAGGGCGCCAGGGUAGGGUGACGAGCUAGAAACGAAAGCAAGAGGCAGCUAUAGAGAGAAGCAGGGGGAGAGAGGCACGCACGCAGUGGGGUGGAAAUAGGAAAGAUUAGGGACGGUAUAUGCCCAGGUAAAAGGUAGGUUGGAAGAAUAGGGGUGUGGUCAAGAGGAGUGACAGAAUGAGGAAGCUGCCCAUAGAAUGUCAAGGAACUGAGAAAUAGAAACAAAUUGCACAGCCGGAAAGGAAAAGCAGGGUUGCACCAAGAGAGACUGGGGAAGAAAGCUGUCCUUGUGGAGCAAUUGUAUAUUCUUAUGAAGAGACUUAUGUGUCAUCAUUCAAAAAUUAUUGAACUAAGGGAUUUUGUGUACAAAUUAAAAUGUUCAUGGAAAGGGGAGAUCACGAUGCAGGGCAGGAUGACUUCAAAGUGGAUGAGUUUACUGUUCCCCAAGAAUCCGAAAAAGAAUUACGGGAUCAACAGCCUCACGUGAAGAGGAUAUUUGGAGUCACGCUUAAAAUCAUAGGGGUUCUAGAUCAACCGCAAUUGGGUCAUUGCCCUAUGGGACAUCUGCAGAUGUGGCUCGAGAUGAGAGGGGAUAGACGGCGUAUUGGAAAGGCCAAGGACUAUAUUAAAGGACUAUGCACACCGGAGAUAAAAGAGGACUUUGACUACCCACGAGAGAUGCAUUGCAUUUUUGUUGGAGCCAAAGGCCUCUUCCUUGAUUGCCUGAUCAGAGCUACAUCAGCAUUUGUAAAACCUUUAGCACCUGGCAGAAUCAGGAUAUCUGGCCUAGCAGAAGGAGCAGUGAUGGCCCAAAGCUGGCUUUGUGCUUCUGUAGAGAAAUGUAAAUCAAACACUAAGUCUAAUGUACAUGAGGUCCAAAUCAAAAGACAUUUUAAGGACCUGGUAGAGGAUCCUACAGAUAAACAUGCACUGGACCUUCUUAUUCUUCCAACAUCUGUCAAAGAGGAGUUACUAUCCUUAGUAGGCAAGCAUGUCGAUUCAACAGCAAAAAUGGAAUCACAAGACCAGCAAAGAAUGAAUGAAAAUACCAAUGAUAUAACAACAUUCAAUCAUCAGUUCUGGCCUACAGAAGUCCAAAACACUCAAAAAUAUGAAAAAAUUACGAGUUCUAAAGUAGAUGUUAGGAAUAAAUCAAAGGCAGGUAAUGUAAUUUUACACCACAGAGCUUCUGAGCCACGUCAUCUUGCUACUUACAAUAAAUGGGACUGCGAUAGCCAAGAACCACCAUUCCCCAGAUUGGAUACAUACGAGAGGACCAUAAUACAAUCAACUGGGAUUGAUGUGCCCCAGUACCAACACAUGGGUGAAAGAGAGUUGCUAUUCCACGAUGAUGACGAAGAGUUUCAGCAGAUAUCUGGACUGCUAGACACUAUUAUGGGUAGGGAAAAUGGAGACCAAAAACACUUUUCUCUGGGUACUCAAAAAGAAUUUAAUAUGCUCUUGGAUUUUUUUAAGACCAUGGGUUACCAGGAGGCUGUAGUUCUUAAGGUAUUAUCUGAAAAUGGAAUUCAAGAACCUUCUCAGAUACUGGACAAGGUUAAGCUGGAACAGUCUAACACCAGUCAACGAACAGAACAACAAAAUGAAAAUGUUCCUCACAAAGGACUCUCGCAUACUGCAUCCAGCCAGAAUGAUGAAGAUGAUGAUGAUUAUGUUUUGGAAGUUGUUAAAUCAGCUGCCAGAAACUGUGGCUAUUGUCCUACUGAAAUUGUAGAUAUCGGGAAUGGAUCUAUGGCAGGACUGCUUAGAAAACUUAAUGAGAAGAACAUUUUGGAAGAUGAUAUGGUCUUUUCUAAUUGCCAAAGUCAGGAUGAUACUGAAGGUGGUCAAUUGUUUCCUGAUGAACUCAGAGUAGAACAAGUGGCUGAGCUCAAUGCAGCUGAAGUUAAUCCGCCACAAAUGUUAAAACAUAACAAGCACUGCAACCGCCCUGUUGAGGAUCUCAAUCCUGGGGUGGCCCAACUAGAGGUUGGAUUGUUGGAGAAAGGCCAGGGUCCAGUUGAUGAGAAAGACCCUCGUGUCCCUGUGGUGACAGGAGUACAAAGGUUUAAUGAAGCGAUGCAAACUCCAUUUCAACUUAACCUCAGAAAUGAAAAAGGAAGGGAAGAGCUGAGAUAUAUCAUAAUAGAUGGCAGUAAUGUAGCUAUGAUACAUGGACUUCACCGUUUUUUCUCUUGUCGCGGGAUUGCACUCGCUGUGCAGUAUUUCUGGGACCGAGGACAUCGGGGCAUCACAGUCUUUGUUCCUCAGUGGCGAAUGAAAAAAGACAGUAAAGUCAAAGAACAGCAUUUCCUAACAGAGUUAAACGAUCUUGGACUUCUCUCUUUCACUCCAUCAAGAACAAUAGAAGGCAAAAGAGUAACAUCCUAUGAUGACAGGUUUAUGCUGCAGUUAGCAGAGAAGAAAGAUGGUGUCAUUGUCACAAAUGAUAAUCUACGAGAUAUAGCUGCUGAAUCUCAGGCCUGGAAAGCUAUUAUAAAGGAUAGACUUCUACAAUUCACCUUUGUUGGAGAUAUUUUUAUGGUACCAGAUGAUCCCCUAGGACGUAAUGGACCACCACUGAACCAGUUCCUCAGUAAAAACUCACGUCCCAGGACCAAGUCAAAAGGACAUUCGUUUGCUGGUCGAAGAGGAACCCACACAGCACCUAAGAAAUCAUCUCAGACAGAGGUUUUAAACUUUCGAGAUCUUAAGGCAGGUGCAGUGCGAGAAAAGCAAAAGGCGGACGUCCGCUCAUUAAAUGAGACACAAAAACUCAGACGUGAACUACUAAAUAUUUUCCCAGCCCAGGAUUCAAUGGUGGAUUAUAUUCUUCAUAGAGAACCAUAUCUGUCUGACCUUAACAAACUUUCUGAACUCAUAAUUACACUUGAGUGUUGAAAAUUACUUGAGUCAUCAUAAACAGGAGCCAGCAUUUAUGAAAAAUGCUUUGGAACAAACAUUUUAAAAAUAUAAGCGUUUUUAUUCACUACACCUGCUCUACUACCCAAAUAGUUCAGAUCUUUUGUGUACAAAAUAUGGAAAGUCCCACCAGUGUACAGAACAUAUUAGUUUAUUUAAUGUUUGAUAUAAAAUAUGUAUAUAUUUAUGUAGUUUUAUUUUUUUUAAUAAAAAAAAAAUGUGUUGCAAAAAAAAGUGAUAUCACAGUAAAACAUGACAUAGUCCAUGUAA